AUGACGUUUGAAUUUUUCAGCCAAGAAGUAAAUCCAAACAUCUCUGGGAAGGACUCAUCAUCAUCUCAAUUGUCUACAGGAUCCAGUGAGAGUGACAGUGAGAGCUCAGACGUGGACGGAACGAGUGUGACCGAGACAUCAGUGGACUCAGAUAGCGAGAUCAAGUAUAAGGGAUUCCAAAGUAUAAAGACUUCAGGGCGACAGUUUCCAUCUUAUUCCCAGGAUUAUGGACAAGAACUCCACAAGUAUACACCCAAUCACAAAGAUACAUGGAUGUAUGAAAGAUAUGUGAAGAUCAGUGAAGUUUGUCAGACCCCACCAAAGAAAGAAGAAAAAGGAGUGACAACAGGCAGUAUUAUGGAGAACUUAGUGUUCCCCAAGAGUGUGUUUAAGCUGGGCAGUAGCUAUGGAGUAGAACCACCUCCUGUUAACAAGCAGGACCAGGACAUAUACAACCAUUUUGUUUUAGUUGGUUCCCAUGGUCCAGGGGAACCAAGCAAAAAGGAGAUACAGUUCUACAACAAAUACCUUAACAAGUUUCAUUGACCACAGGAAGUUAAAUUUUAAUGUGAGUGCUGAAGAAAAUACAUGUACAAUAAAACAUCAUUAUCUCCACAAAAAAAAAAAACUGGGUGAUCAUUGGUUGCAUGUCCUAAGCAGACCAAAAGUACAGUUUUCUGAAACUUAAUUGAAGCAAGAAAAAACUGGAGAGAUCAAGGGUAGAAAACUUAAGGAACAGGAUAUUGGGACUUCCAAAUUACUUGGAUAUAACCAUGGUAUUAAAAAUAUAGGUGUUAGAGAUGCUGAAGUUUAACUGUUAAUGCAGUUUCUCUACAUGUCUGAAGAAGGUAAUACAUUGACAAUCAAGUCAAUUCUAGAAACUUAGUAAGCUUCAGUAGAAUCAUCAGUGGUCUUGGGGGACCUCCUGUGUUUGUGGAUUUUGUUGGUCACAAAUUCCAUGAAUUUACACCCCCACAAACAAAUCUUUUGUCCAUAUUUUUAUCUUCUUUGUAUAUGAGGUACCUUAAAAGAACUAGGUUCUUAUGAACCAAGAAAAUGUUGCAUACCCCUAAACAUUUACCCCAAGGAAUUCAAUGAUUCCACAGUGUGUGUUGAGAUGCAACAUUUACUUUAAUUUGCUUUGGCUCACCAUUGCACAUGUAAGUGUAGGUUAUAGCCUUGAAGGAAAAAUGUGUUAAUGCAGGCAAUGGGAUUUUUUUCUCAAAAGACAUCAAUAAAUGCUAUUCUGAACCUUGAAUAAAGAAAUCUAAUAUGUAAAUGUUUAACCAAGCUCAGUAUGAGUCUUUUAGUGCCAUAUUGUUUUUAUUUACUUAAGUGUGUGCAAUAUUAAUUAUUGUUAUUUUUUAACAUUUGU